UUUGCUUGUCUUGCAAUGUUUUGUAAACAAACUCUCGUUGGGAAACUAGUUUGGAUAAGGCUUGUUAUUUGCUAGUUCCCUCUACCUGUAUGUACUGAAAAAUAAGUGUUCAAUACGCUCAAAAAUGUCGGCAAUAGCUAUUGUGAUCUGCCUUAUGAUGCUAAUUAGCGUAGAUAACUUUGCUUUGGCAUUGAAUUCUUUAGGAACUUGUAGUCUUGUUUGUGACGAUACAUUGCCUCCGUUUAUCCCUAUAACGAACCGCGUAGUGGGGGCACCAGGGAAAGCUGGGCCAGAAGGCCCCAGAGGAUUGCCCGGUCUACAAGGACCUAGGGGUCCGACCGGCCACCCUGGACAAAAUUGUGACUGCUCCGGUUACCAACGUCUUUCGAACCAGAUUGCCGAAUUGCAAGCAGCAAACAGAAAACUUACAACAGAAGUAUUUAUGCUGAAUGGAUGGUACAAAUCUAGCAACGGUCUGUGGUACAAAAGAUUCAAGGAACAAAAAAAUUACAGUGGCGCAAAAACUUUCUGUGCACGUUACGGUGGGCGUCUGGCAACGGUCGGGAUGAGGAAUGCAAACGUUCGAAAUGACGUCAUCAAUAAAUUAGUCAUACCCAGGGGUACUCGAACUUGGAUAGGUUUGGACGAUCUUGCAAGUCACAACAUAUGGCUAUGGAUCGACGGGGUUGUUUCUACCAGACAAAACACAGCAUGGAGAAAAAACGAACCAAAUCAUUCGCACGAACAUUGCGGCCACAUCGACUUCGAUUGGACGGUGGUCGACAAUCAGUGCCAUCUUCUGAUGGAUAUUUUGUGCGAAAAAGAACAAUAAUCGACUGUAUGAGUUUGACCUAAUCAAUGUAAGAAUAGAAUAAUCUCUUUUCAUUAGCUCAUAUCUUAACUUCAGACAGGACGUCACAAAAUACAACUAAAUCAAACGUUGGUUUAGGUCAUUUAGGACAAGGUUUUCGGACCAGGGGCCAAACAUUUUGCCCACCUAGACUGGCGGGCCAUGUAAGCGUGACGUAAAAAGUUACAUUUUAUGAACAGAAUUUUAUUUACAGUGUUACACAAGAAAAAAUGGAAAAAAAU